GGGACGUCACUACAGGCGCCUUUAUUUUGCGUCAUUUCCGGAAAGACUUCCUUUUCAUCCUAGCGAGACGGGAGCGACCAGCCGCUAAAAUGAGUAAGGUCACCAGGGACACGUUGUAUGAAGCUGUGAGAGAAGUUCUGACGGGAGCAAGGAACAAGCGCAGAAAGUUUCUGCAGACGGUUGAGCUGCAGAUCAGCUUGAAAAACUAUGAUCCCCAGAAGGACAAGCGUUUCUCCGGCACUGUCAGGCUGAAGAGUCUCCCCAGGCCCAAGUUCUCCGUGUGUGUUCUGGGAGACCAGCAGCACUGUGACGAGGCCAAAGCUGCAGAGAUGCCUCACAUGGACAUCGAGGCUUUGAAGAAGCUCAACAAGAACAAAAAGCUGGUCAAGAAGCUCGCUAAGAAAUACGAUGCCUUCCUGGCCUCAGAGUCUCUCAUCAAGCAGAUCCCACGUAUCCUGGGUCCAGGGCUGAACAAGGCUGGAAAAUUCCCCUCCCUGCUCACCCACAACGAGAACCUGACCACCAAAGUAGAAGAGGUCAAAUCCACCAUCAAAUUCCAGAUGAAGAAGGUGCUCUGUCUGGCCGUGGCCGUCGGACACGUCAAGAUGACAGAAGAUGAGCUGGUGUACAACAUCCACCUGGCCAUCAACUUCCUGGUGUCACUGCUCAAAAAGAACUGGCAGAACGUGCGUGCCCUCUACAUCAAGAGCACCAUGGGAAAACCCCAACGCCUCUACUAAAUGAUGGCUUUUGUUUAAUAAAAAUGGACAUGCUCCAAAGA